AGUUACGUGAUUAAAGGAUACAACAAAAGCGACGGUGAAAAAUAAUAGAAAUAUAAAAGGAAGAGAAAAUAUUUUUCAUUAAAAAAUUUGGAUUAAUUCUUUUCCUUAAUUGAAGUGCAUGAAAAAAAAUAAAUUCAUCCAGAAAAAAAUGAUGUGAAAUAUAAAGCAUAUGCAAGUGUUUUGUUAUUUUUUGAAAACAAAUGGAAUGAGAAAUAAAUUUAUGUUAGAAAAAUAAAAAAAAAAAAAAACAAAAUAUGGCAAAUUUCGAAAUAUUGAAAUUUGUGAGAAAUAAUACAAAAAUAGCUGUAAAUCUAUUGAAAGCUUAAAAGGAGACAAAAAUAAUAAUCAAAUCCCCCGAAAUUGUGACCACUAGGCAAAUGUCCAUUUUAUGGAAAUUAUGUAAAAUUGUGCCUGGCUUGCUGUUGAAGAAGUAGUAAAAGAAGACGGAGAAGAAGAAGAGAUACAGCAAGGAAAAGUAAUGAAAAACAGUAGUAACUCUUAUUGAAAUGUUGUCUUUUAUCCUACUUCUCUAUUAUCAUCAUCAUCAUCGUUGUUUUCCAGCGACGAUGUCUAAUGUAAAUUGAAAAGUUUUCCCCUAAAACAAUAGCAGAAGAAAAUUCGAAUCUGUCAAUCACUCAGUCACCUGCACAAAAAAUAUAAAAAUGUUUGCGAGACUUAAAUAAUAAAAACACAAAUUUCCACAUCAAAAAACAACAACAAUUUGGUUUCAUCAUCAGCUAACAAUGAGACGUCCAAAGAUAUCUUUAAAAAAGUAUUUUUACUUUACAAUAAUAUGUGCGUUAUUGUUGAUAUUUUUAUAUAAUUUUAAAGAACGCGAUGUAUGGAAAUCAAAAAAUUCCGCACAAUCAUCAUCUUCAUCACUGCUGCAGCAGCAGCAGCAACAUCAUCAACAACACCUUGAACCAAAUCCAGGCGAAGAAUAUAAUGAGAAAUAUGAUGACGAUGAUACGGACAAGCCGACGGAUGGGGAAAAUGCUAAAGUUACAACAACAAAAACCACACACACAGAAUCCGAUCAACCGGACAGUGAACAGCAUCAAUAUCAGCAGCAGCCACAUUCGCAGCAACAGCAAUCGCAGUCAUCAAAUGUGUUGCAAUCGCCACAACAACAGCAGCAACAACAACAAAAUCCUAUAGCUUCCGAUAAUAUGGAACCAUUGCCACGACCAUGGUUCUUCAAAAAUGGCGACUACUAUCCCAAGCCCGCAAAAAUACCCAAAAAACGUCGUGGCAAAAAGGCCCAUUUGCAGGGUUCGAAACUGUUUCCCUACCAAGAUCCGCACAGUGAUCGCAUUGUAAAUCAAUUGAUGUAUGUACCAACCAAUUAUGAGGAAAUCAAAUCCAGUGGUAAAUUAAAAACCAUACUGCUGUAUAAUGGCCUGGGGCCAUGGAAUGUUAAAGCCGGUCGUGAUGUCUUCCUACGCUCAAAGUGUCCCGUGGACACAUGUACCAUAACUGCUUCACGCGAUCAAGCCAACACAGCCGAUAUGAUCUUGUAUAAAGAUCAUUAUAUACCCACGGGUAUAAGACGGCCGGCGAACUCUAGACAGGUCACAAUGUUGUAUCAUUUGGAGUGUCCGUAUCAUACGCAAAAUGUUAAAGUACCGGAUGCGGUAAAUUGGACGGCAACAUAUAGGCGUGACAGUGACAUAGUGGCGCCCUAUGAAAAAUGGCAAUACUACGAUGAUCGAGUCCGUCAACAGGAGCAAGACAGAAAUUACGCUGCCAAUAAAACGAAAAAAGUUGCCUGGUUUGUGUCAAAUUGUGGUGCCCGAAAUGGACGCCUGCAGUUCGCCCAUGAAUUGGGUAAAUACAUUGACGUUGAUAUCUAUGGAGCCUGUGGCAAUUACAAAUGUUCCCGCGUCAAUGCUGACAAAUGCUUCGAAAUGCUCGAUCGAGACUAUAAAUUCUAUUUGGCAUUUGAGAAUUCAAAUUGUCGCGAUUACAUUACGGAGAAAUUUUUCGUUAACGCUUUGAAUCGCAACAUUUUACCCAUUGUUAUGGGUGCACGACCCGAAGACUAUGAAGUUAGUGCACCACAACGAUCGUAUAUACAUGUCGAUGAGUUUGCCUCAGCUUCCGAAUUAGCCGAUUAUUUGCACAUACUGGACAACGAUGAAAAGCUAUACAACUCAUAUUUCAAUUGGAAGGGUACGGGGGAGUUUAUAAAUACCUACUACUGGUGUAGGGUGUGUGCAUCGCUGCACGAUGAGGAAUCGUUAAAGAAGCCGCGUUGGUAUACCGAUGUCAAUGAUUGGUGGCGCGGUGCUGGUGUUUGUACAAAUGGUUCAUGGCGUAAUUUUAAGGCACGCAAAGAUGUAAUUACAGAUGAUUAAAAGCGGGACAUACAAUGAGGAUUGCAAUGGUGGUAAGUGAUGAUGAUGAUGAGAUCGACUGAUAAAUGUUUUGUGGGGCGAAAAAAAAGAGUCUUUGUGCUGUUAUAAUCAAAUCGAAAUGAUACAAACCCCCUAUUAUAAGGACCCCCCCCCCCCCCCUGUAGUAAAACCAAAAAAGAAGAAGCAUACAAAUCUAGUUAUUUUUACCAAAAAAAGAACACAAAAACAAAGAAAAGUUAUGUAAAAAGAAAAAGCAAAAAAAGAAAAUAUUUUAAUUAUAAGUCCAGAAUUUUAAAUUUUUAGUUAAAAGAAUUUCCCAAUCCAAUCCCUUUUCUCUAUUUCCAAAUUACAUUCCUUCUAAUAUGUUACGCAUGGUUGGUGCGCCUUGUGACCUUGAAAUACCAAUAACAUUGGCGAAAAUUCUUUAGAUUUGUGUUAUCUUGUGUGUACCCGUCUUUACAUGCUAGCAUAUGUUUAAUGAUUUCUAUGUUUGGCUUUUGCCCAGAUAUUGUGUUUUUUUAUCUUUUCGGAAUCCAUUGCUGUUACCUAUUCACGUUAGCUAGUGUGCACCCCACCUUAUAAAUCAGCUAUUGGGUAUGUUCAGUGAUCAAGACAUUUGGGAACACUUUGCUCUGAACCAUUCAUGUUAGCUAGUGUGUACCCUACUUUUAUUAUAAGCUCUGGGGUAUGUUCAGUGACUAUUGAAAAUGCUUUACAUAAAAACAUAUUGUUAAGACCACGGUUACGUUCACAUUGAAACAAAUUUCCGCUAUAAUUGAUUUAUCAUAAACAAGAUUGUCCCUAAACAUGAUCAUUCAUGUUUUGUGUUUAAGCAAAGCAGCCCUCGUUUUAUUGAAAUUUUUUAAUCUAACCUGUUAUCCAACCUAGCGUUUUGUAUUCUGUGACCCAUUCAUGUUAGCUAGUGUGUAUCCCACCUUACAUGUCAGCAUUUGGGUAUGUUCAGUGAUUAUUGAAUAUGCUAGCUUCACAUUAAAGGAUACUUUCAAGACUAAUGAUAGGUUUACAUUAAAACAUAUUGCGUUAUAAUUGGUUUAUCCUUAAUAAUAUUGUCCUUAAACAGGAUCAUUCAUGUUUUGUGUAAAGCAGCGCUCGUUUUAUUGAAAUUUUAUCAUGAAUCUAAGCGGCUAGUCAACUUAGCGUUUUGUAUCCUGUGACACAUUCAUGUUAUUUGUGCUGACAUGUAAGCAUUUGGUUGAUUAUAGAAUAUGCGGAAUCCCGAAUCUAAGCUAAUAUUCAACCUGGUGUUUUGUAUUCUAUGAACCAUUUAUUCUAGUGUGUACCCUACUUUAUAUAUCAGUUCUUGGGUAUGUUCAGUGACUAUAAAUAUGCUUUGUAAAGCCAUGUGGUCACACAACAAGUUAAACCAAGGCGCUACGGCCAAAAAUUGUUCGAGUUUUGCAAAUUGUCUGACUUUGUUUUUAAAAUCAGUAAACCCUCAAAAAAAAAAAAAAAAAAAAAAAAAAAAAACAUGAACCUUAAACGCACACAAUAAUUUUUAAACAAAAAAAUUAAAAUACAUGACUGACGAAAAACCACAUCCCCAAACCAAUUUAUUUUUAAUGAAUUCCAUAACUUUCCAAUUUUAUAUUUUUUUCUUUUUAAUAAAAUAUAAAUGUUUCUGUAAAUAGCUUCUAUGAAAAACAAAAUCUAAUGCGGCUGGUUUAUGCUUAAAAUUAGAGUAACAAAAAAAAAAAAACAACAAGUACCAAAAACAAGAAAAAUGCAUUCAACAAAACUUUUUUGUAGAAAAGAAAGCUUUUUUAAAUUACAAAAAAUAAAAACAGAAAAAAAAUGUAUGAAAGUUAGUAUACAAGAUUGUUUAUUACUUUUUUGGUACCGACGGCAGCAGAAUUUGCAAAAUUAUAUUAAGAAUUUUUUUUAUUGAAAAACCCCUAAACUUUGAGGUUAUGGCCAUAACCUUAAAUAAUUUUGGUUAUGUUUAUUUUAGCAAAAUGAAAAUAAACUCCAGCUUCUAUCUGCUGCCUUCGAUCUGUUUAAUUCAUUUAAGUAUCGAAUCAAUCAAAUACUUUCUCUUGCAACACUCGCAUAUUUAACAACAACAACAAAAAAAUAAUAUAAUACAAAAACUCUCUUUUUUAUACAAAAGAAAAACAACAAAUGUAAUUAAACAAAAAACAAAACAAA